GGCGGGUCAAGGUCCUAGACUUAAGCACGUUUUAGACCGGGGAGAUUAGUCGUCAAUUAGACCAGACCGUACUACUGUUUAAUGCAAUUAAUUAGAGAUUAUAAAAGAAACCACCGAUGAGGUAUUUAUUGAGUCCGCACACUUUUAAAGUAAGAGAACUCCGAAAGCGUUUUCCGCUAGAUUCCAAAAACUUGACUUUGUCUAUAGAAACGUCGCGGCUUCAGAAAACAAACUAUUCUGAUCCAUGUUUACCAACAAUGAAAUGAUACGCAUGAUAUCAUGCUUGACUUAACACAAGACAAAGGCACGCAAAUUCUACGAUCAGUGGAAUUGAGUUAAAGCCGGCGAUCGCACAUCUAGAAGUUGUAAAAUGCCUAUGAGAAGUAAAUGGCCGGCAGUAAGCAUCCCUGAGGACGUCUCAUGGGCGGAGUACAUCAUGAAGGGGUUUGGUGUUCACGGCGACAGGACAGCUAUCGUGGAUCCACAGAGCGGCCAGUCAUAUACCUACCCUGAGCUGAAGGAUUUAAUCCACAAGAUGGCUUCCGCACUUACACGCAAAGGCUUCAAACAAGGAGAAGUGCUUGCCAUAAUGUGUCCCAACAUCCCGGAGUUCGCCAUCGCUUACUUUGCAGCCAUCCUAAUAGGGGGUAUCGUCACAUCGAUGAAUCCGCUGUACACAGGGCGCGAAGUCGCACACCAGUUAGUGCAUUCGCAAGCUUCCUGGCUCCUCACAGUACCCCCCUGCAUACCCCGUGCGAUGGAGGGUGCGAAAGAAGCAGGCGUGGCAAAUGUUUACGUAGUCGGUGAAGCAGAGGGGUGCGCCUCUUUGUCAGAGCUCCUAGAGGAUGACGGGACAUGUCUACCUACAGACCUGUCAAUCAAACCACGAGAAGACAUCGCCGCAUUGCCAUACUCAAGUGGCACCACAGGGUUACCAAAGGGAGUCCAGCUGACCCAUUAUAACCUGAUCGCGGACUCGUGUAUCGUGAUGGGGGAGAGCUUCACGCAUUACUCACGUGACAGUCACGUGCUGGCGCUGCUUCCUUUCUACCAUAGCUACGGCCUGAUGGUCAACCUUGCCAAUGUCCUUCUUGUGGGGGGUAGGGUGGUGUGCAUUCAACGGUUUGACCAGGAGGCUUUCCUCAAGACUAUUCAGAAUGAGAAGAUUACCCAUGCUGCCUUGGUGCCCCCUAUAAUGAUCUUCCUAGCUAAGCACGAGAUGGUCGACCAAUACGACCUCUCGAGCUUGAUUGACAUCACAGUAGGCGCCGCUGGCAUGGGGGAGGAGCUCAUGCAAUCAGUUAAAGAUAGACUCAGUAAUCUCAAAUAUUUACGACAAGGUUACGGUAUGACUGAGCUAAGUCCAGUUUCACAUGUUGUACCGCUGGACACUUACAACCCGAAGUCCGUGGGCGUGCUUCUUCCUAAUUUGGAAUGUAAGAUUAUCGAUUUGUCAUCUGGAGAAGAAGUGGAGCAAGGCAAAGAGGGAGAAAUUUGUAUUAGAGGGCCCACUGUCAUGAAAGGCUACCUGAAAAAUCCCGAGGCGACUGCACGAACGCUUGACAGCGAGGGCUGGCUUCACACGGGAGAUAUCGGUCACUGCGACCAAGGGGACUUCUUUUACAUCACAGACAGGCUGAAAGAACUUAUCAAGUACAAGGGUUUUCAAGUCCCUCCGGCAGAGCUUGAAGCAUUACUGUUGUCUCAUCCUGAUGUCGAGGACGUGGCUGUUAUUGGAGUCCCGGAUGUUGAAGCUGGAGAACUACCUAAAGCCUUCGUCGUCAGAAAGAAGGAGAGCCUGACCGUGGAGGAUGUCACUGGCUUUGUCAACUCUAGAGUGGCGCCGUAUAAACGCCUUCGUGGCGGUGUCGAGUUCACCGACGAGAUUCCUAAAUCAACAAGUGGCAAGAUACUAAGGCGAGAGCUGAAACGCCGCGAGCUAGAGAGAAAACCACAAUUCGCUGAGAUAGUCAACAAAAGAGAUGCCAACGUCAUCAACAGCAGAUACCCGGAUGUAGAGAUACCGGAAAUGACGUUACCCGAUUACGUCAUGGAAUUUUUUUACAAAUAUGGAAACGUUCCCGCUAUUACUGACUGCAAACGAGAACAGGUCUACACUUACACUCAGCUGCUCGACCUAGUACCAAAAUGCGCAGCAGGUUUGAUCCGUCAGGGACUGGGCAAGGGGGACGUAAUGAUGAUCUACAGUCCUAAUGUCCCAUCAUUCGUCAUCAUUCUUCUCGCCACACUCAAAGCUGGCGGUAGCGUCACCACAGCCAACCCACUCUACACACCGGGGGAAUUAGCAAAACAGAUGAAACUCUCGUGCGCGAAAUAUCUCUUCACGGUCCCAGCCUUGGUCCACCGAGCACGUGAGGCCGCAAAUGUUGCUGGUAUAGACACGAUAUUUGUGGACGGCGUGAUCGAGGGCUGCAAGUCGUUUGCCAAGCUCCUAAAGAAUGACGGGUCUGUUCACCGUAAAGUUCCCAUUGAUACGGCGGAGGACGUUGCUGUGAUACCAUUUUCUAGCGGUACCACAGGGUUACCAAAAGGCGUGAUGCUGACGCAUCGUAAUGUGGUCGCCAACUGCAGUAUGAUGUGUGCGGACGACUUUCUUGGGUACGACUUGACCUCGGUGGUCCUGGCGUUUCUACCUUUUUUCCAUAGCUACGGCAUGUCAACGCUGUUCACUGGGCUUCGACUGGGUGUAAAACUCGUGUGUAUGGAUAGAUUCGAGAAGACGAAAUUCCUGCAGGCACUACAAGAUCAUAACGUCAGCCACACGCUGCUGGUGCCCCCUGUCGCCACCAUGCUGGCCAAGGACCCUUUUGUCGAUAAGUAUCAACUCACAAGCCUGGUGGAAAUCACGUGCGGUGCAGCCACGCUAUCCAGCGACAUCUCACAAGCCGUUUUCGACCGAUUUCCGCUACUCUCACGUGUCAGACAAGGCUAUGGAAUGACAGAAUUGAGCCCAGUUUCCCAUUUUACGACAAUUAACAACACAAGGCAUGGAACAGUGGGUCAGCUUCUUCCGAACCUUCAGUGUAAGAUCGUGGAUAUAGAGAGCGGCAAGUCACUCGGCCCUGGGGUGGACGGCGAAAUCUGUGUUCGUGGACCGUCUGUUAUGAAAGGGUAUUUGAAUGACCCUGACUCAACAUCGCAGAUUAUCGACGCUGACGGCUGGCUACAUACCGGUGAUCUCGGUCACUUUGACAUCGAUGAAAACUUUUACAUCGUAGAUCGGCUCAAGGAGCUGAUCAAAUACAAGGGAUACCAGGUGCCCCCGGCCGAGCUUGAGGCCAUUUUAGUGUUGCACCCGUCAAUCACCGAUGCUGCAGUAAUAGGUGUCCCGGAUGACGAGGCUGGUGAGCUCCCGCGAGCAUAUGUGGUCAGCGAUGGUUCUUUAACUGAACAAGAUGUCAUGCAGUUUGUGGAAGAGAGAGUAGCGCCUUACAAAAAGCUUAGGGGAGGGGUAGAAUUUAUUGAUUCUAUGCCUCGCUCAGUUAGUGGUAAGAUUCUGAGGCGGGAGCUGAAGGCGAAACUGAUAAAAACAAAAAAGAACACUCCCAACUUUAAAGUAACAUCCCAUGACGUCAACAGAAACAUCAUGUCUAGGUCUGUGUGCUGUGUCAUUAUCUGAUCACGUGAUACGCAUGUGGGAAAUCAUCGACAUGCACGUGGCAAGUUCUUUAUGAUCAGAGCACUUUAUUGAGAUGCCAUCUCUAGACCCACGUGCCGUAUAGCCACCAGUCACGUGAUGCACACGUGGUAGUAAAUCUUGUAAAUGUUAGUAUAAGCGAGAAACGCUAUAAUCAAGGAAAGGGGCAAGUAUGCGCCUGUUAUUUUUAAGAACCUUUUCUCUCAAACCAUUGAAACCAAGUAUACUAGUAAUAGGGAGUAAAACUCGAACAAGGCAAAUGUGUACACGGACACGAGGGGGGAGGGGGUUAUCCCAUAAAGCUACCGUCUUCUGCCGAACAUGAUAGCACCAAAGCUUAUAUUGCCUGGUGCACACUAGCAACAUAACAACAUAACAGUGUUACGUCACAACCGGAAAAGUGUGGGACAACAACAGAAAUGCCCAGUGAUUUAAAACAUGACAUGUACACAUUGCA